AUGGAGGAAGACCUGCAGCCGGCGGAGGAGGGGCCCAGCGCCCCCAAAAUCUACAAGCAGCGCAGCCCCUACAGCGUCCUCAAGACGUUCCCGGGCAAGAGACCGGCGCUGGCCAGGCGCUACGAGAGACCCACCCUGGUGGAGCUGCCGCACGUCCGGCCGCCCCCGCCGCCCUUCGCGACGCGCGCCGCCGUCUCCAUCAGCAGCAGCGAGCCGCCGCCGCCGCCGCCGCCGCCGUUCCAGGCGCAGAGCACCUACCCCCCGGGGCCCGGCCGGGCGGCCGCCGCCGCCGCCGCCCCCUCUUCGUCAUCGCCUUCCGCCGCCUCCCAGGGCCACCUGAGGACUCCCGCCGCCCCCGCCGCAUCCUCAUCUUCGUCUUUCGCCGCCGUCGUCCGGUACGGCUCGGGUCCGGCGGCCGCCGCGGGCAGCAGCAGCGCCGGCAGUGACGGUGCGAGCCUGGAGCUCAGCGCAGAGAGUCGCAUGAUCUUGGAUGCCUUUGCCCAGCAGUGCAGUCGAGUGCUUAGCCUCCUAAAUUGUGGAGGCAAACUUCUGGACUCCAGCCAUUCUCAGUCCAUGAUUUCUUACGUGAAGCAGGAAGGCUCAAGUUACACGGAAAGGCAGGACCCGUGUCACGUUGGGAAAGGGGUCCACAGUCAGACUUCAGACAGUGUAGACAUAGAGAUGCAAUAUAUGCAAAGGAAACAACAGACGUCUGCCUUUUUGAGAGUUUUCACGGACUCCCUACAAAAUUACCUGCUCUCGGGGAGCUUUCCAACCCCAAACACCUCAUCGGUCAGCGAGUACGGCCACUUGGCCGACGUGGACCCUCUGUCAACCUCUCCCGUGCAUACCCUAGGAGGCUGGACCUCCCCGGCAACGUCUGAGUCCCAUGGUCACCCGUCGUCUUCCACGCUGCCCGAAGAGGAGGAGGAGGAGGAGGAGGAGGAAGGCUACUGCCCCAGGUGCCAGGAGCUGGAGCAUGAGGUCAUUUCCCUGCAACAAGAAAAUGAAGAGCUCAGAAGGAAAUUAGAGAGCAUCCCAGUGCCCUGCCAGACGGUUCUAGAUUACUUGAAGACGGUGCUACAGCAUCACAACCAACUCAUGAUCCCACAGCCGGUUGAGCAGCCCUCCGAGGGAAGCAAGCAGCUGUUGAACAACUAUCCUGUCUACAUAACGAGCAAACAGUGGGACGAGGCUGUAAAUUCUUCAAAGAAAGAUGGGAGGCGGCUCCUGCGAUACCUCAUCAGAUUUGUUUUCACCACCGAUGAGCUUAAGUACUCAUGCGGCCUUGGGAAAAGGAAAAGGUCAGUGCAGUCAGGAGAGACAGGUCCCGAAAGACGCCCUCUGGAUCCAGUUAAAGUAACAUGCCUCCGAGAGUUCAUUAGGAUGCACUGUACCUCCAACCCCGACUGGUGGAUGCCCUCGGAGGAGCAAAUAAACAAAGUGUUCAGCGACGCGGUGGGUCACGCCCGGCAGGGGCGCGCGGUGGGGACUUUCCUGCACAACGGUGGCUCGUUUUACGAAGGGCUCGACCACCAGGCCUCCCAGGACGAAGUCUUCAGUAAGAAUUCCCAGGACGGGCCUGGGGAUUAGUGGACAAAACCUUUCCGUCGCAGCAGCCGGUCCUCUCCAGAGUCGCCAUUGUGACUGUCCUGUCUCCAUCCCUGUAGAGCCCACAGCAUGGCAUCUGUCAGAAUGCACAUCCUCAGUCUUCACCCUCUUGACCUUCUGCCGCGGUUCCCAGGCGGAAAUCCAUUUUGGGGUUGUUGGGGAGGUCUGUGGAGCCUACCACAGGUUUUCAGAAUACUAUAUUAUAAAAUGA